AUGGCUGCUGGAGCCGCUUUCGACAGUACCAAAUCCAUCAACGGCAUCAUGGACGACGAUGAUGGAAGGACAAGGAACGCAAAGGCCCAGAGGAGGCAUCGCGAGAAGCGCAAGGCUCACCUCAAGACUCUCGAAGAGACGGUGUCACUCCUCACAAACCAGUUGGAAGACUCACGUCGCCAGCUCUCGUCUGCCGCCUACUCCAACCGCAUGGGCGUAGGAUCCAACGGCGCGCCACUUUCCCCAAGCUCAAAAGACUUUGCAGGGCUCCAGCAGGAAAACGCGUAUCUCCGCGAGGAGAAUGCCGAGCUUAGGCGGCAACUCUACAACUACUCGGUCGGGCGGCACUACCAGGCUCCUGCGGGAGACACGAAGCCAGAGGGGUAUGCGGGGUAUGAGGGCGGUGCGCAAGCCGGAAAUGGGAAUGGGCAGGCGCAAGGACCCUUGGCCAGUCCUAGGGAGGGUAGCAGUGGCGGACGAGAGGGACAGCCCGCCGGCAACACUGCUGAUGGCUUCACCCCACGCGGUACCCGAAGCAGGGUGAUGUCUUCAUCAUCUGCUCCCACUGCUUCCCCUUACCCUCCACCUACUUCUACCUUCCCCACUGAUCCCCGUGCCCACGCCCUCAACCAGUCUCAACCCGGCGCGGACCGCUACCCCAUCCGAUACGAGCCUCACCUUUACGCCGGCUCUUCGGCCAACCACAGCCCCACCACGGCCAACGCGCCGGCACCUCACAACCUCCCGCGCAGCGGAUUGGGGUAUGACCACAUCGGCGACAUGUACAGCGGACGCGAGGGGGAUGCGAGCUGGGGUCCCGAUGCUGGACCACCUCCGUUCCAAGGAUCGGUGUACCCCGUCCCGUACGGUGAUGGACCGCAAGACGAGUGGAGGCAGGGACAGGAGCAUUAG